AAAAAAAAAAAAAAGAGAGAGAGAGAGAAAAGAGAAAGAAGGAAGGCGAAGCCCACAAAGAAAGAAAACAAUAGUUUCAGAAGCAGAAAGAGGUUUUCCGUUCCGAAACGAUGUCCUCCAUGGCCAUCACCACCAGAGACAGAGAUCGAGAGCUUCUCAUCCCCGUCGCCGACACCCCCGCCGGCGAUGCCGCCGUCUCCCCUUCCCCCAAGCCAUCGUCGUCGGCGUCGUCCCCGCAUCAUUCCGGACGCGAGACUUUUUACAAAGUUGUUAGAAGCUGGGCAUCAAAAAAGUUUAUGACUGGAUGUGUCAUUCUCUUUCCAAUUGCAAUUACCUUCUAUAUAACAUGGUGGUUUAUUCAUUUCGUGGAUGGAUUUUUCUCUCCUAUCUAUGCUCAGCUUGGAAUUGAUAUUUUUGGUCUUGGAUUCAUAACUUCCAUAACUUUCAUCUUCUUGGUCGGGGUUUUCAUGUCAUCAUGGUUGGGUGCUUCUGUCCUGGGCCUUGGGGAGUGGUUUAUCAAGCGAAUGCCACUUGUUCGUCAUAUUUAUAAUGCCUCCAAGCAGAUUAGUGCUGCUAUCUCUCCAGAUCAAAAUACACAAGCCUUCAAAGAAGUAGCCAUCAUUCGGCAUCCACGUAUUGGAGAAUAUGCAUUUGGAUUCAUCACCUCAUCUGUUACCCUUCAGAACUAUUCUGGAGAUGAGGAGUUAUGCUGUGUCUAUGUUCCUACAAAUCAUCUUUAUAUUGGUGAUAUAUUUCUUGUCAACACCAAGGAUGUCAUUAGGCCAAACUUAUCAAUUCGUGAAGGAAUUGAGAUUGUUGUUUCGGGAGGCAUGUCAAUGCCACAGAUCCUAUCAACGAUCGAUUCACGCAUCAGACCUGGGGAAAUAAGUAGAAUCAACAGAAGCUGAGAGUGAAGGGCGUAUUAGUUUUUCAUGUUAUAGUUCCUUGGUAUCUUAUGAAGCCAUCAGAAUGACAAUGCAAUCAUUGUGGUUUGGAUGCAAGUGUUGAAUAUACGCGAUUGAUUGCUCUGAGAAAGUUACAUACUCUGAUGGCUUGUGUAACAUUCGUUUGAGUAGGAAUGUAGAACUUAGCAUUUGUUUGACAACCUUACAGAAUUCUAUUCUCUGCUUGGAGUCUCGAAUUUUUACCUGUGUAUAAUGUACUGGUUCUCCACUCGUUAUAGCAAUUCAAUUUUGUAGUGCUGAUUGAUUGAUGGUUUUCAGCCUAAUGCAGUGUUUCUAUGUUAUCAUUAA